GAACAUAAAUAAAUAACAAAAGAAACCCAAGAGAUAUUUUUUCUCCCUUACUCUCUGGAAGAUAUAUAUAUAUAUCUCUCUUAUUUAUAAAUACCCAAUAAGUUCAUCUUGAAGAUUGAAGAGAAAUAUGAAUGGAGAACGUGAGGAAGGAAAAGUGCGAGUGCUGUGGGAUAUGGGAAGAGUGUACGAGUGGGUAUAUAGGGUGGGUGCAGGAGAGGUUUGGUGGCGUCUGGGUCUGCGGCCUCUGCGAAGAGGCUAUCAAGGAUGAGCAAGCCAGGCUCGGCGGCGGCGUUGGCGUUGAGGUUGCGCUCGGCGUCCACGCUGCAUUUAGGGCUGCCACACGAGCUGAUCCUGCCCUUUGCCUGACUCAUUCCCUUCUCCAGCUGCUCAGGAAGAUCAUGUCUUCAUCGUCACCAUCAUCAUCACCACCACCACCAGCAUCAUCAUCAUCAUCAUCAUCAUCAUCGACUUCUUCUAGUUAGCUAAUAAGUCUGCUACUUUUGACUUUCAUUUGCAGUAAGUAACACAUGAAGGUAUAUAAAGCACUUUCAUGACUAUGUGGGUUGUCCAUGUAUAACACUAUCCGUUGUUGCUGAUCGA